AAUAUUUGCCCCUUCUUUGGAAGUCAAAACGUCACGGGAAAAGAAAUAGGGGCAUUAUUCAACCAUAUCAAGAAUAUCCCUAAAAGAAAUGAACACAUGAAUAGAGGAACUACCUCGUGCCACUCGCUUUCCUCACUCUCAUACGCAAUGCCUCGAGGCCGUUCUUCACCAAUGAAUGGGCCAGUCUUCGCCCCAAAGCCUGGCUUCGACACAGCUUCUACGACCUUGGAAAACUCACCUUUUUUUAGAGAAACUGGAGCUUUGUAUGACCCAAUCAACAAUUUACAUGCUGAAUUGCCCGUGCAAAAGCCAAUGGUUGCAAAUUCAAACUCAACAUUGGUAUCUGAACCCUCAUUCAAUCAUCCAUUUGAAAGCCCUGUAUCUCCACAAAACUUCCCGACCCUUUCCCUUUUUCAUGAACCUGAUAUAAAGGAUGAUAUAUUUCAAGAUCAGGAACAACUGUGGUCCCCCGAAGUCAAUUUUGAGACUCGGAGCUCCUCGACCACAGCCUCGCAACUUCUCCCCAACGAACCAAUACGGCCAGCUUUUGAACAUCUUGAUAAAGCGAACAGUAUAAUGCCGUUUGGUUUGAAAGAGAAGUCUGUCUCGUGCUACACCAAUUCAAACGAAGAUGGAAUAAGCUCCACUAUAGGAGCAAUGAGCAGUGAAAUCCCAGAUAUCCCGGUUUUCCAUACCUUCAGUACACCGCAUCAGUAUUGCAAUAUAUCGGGCGACGAGAACAGUCAAUGUGACUUCGAGAUGUUCUUGGGGCGGAAUUCUUUCAAACUUGAGGGCAUGAAGGAAAUAGUUCCUGAUUGCAAAAACAUUGACAAGGCUUUAGCAAACAACGGUGAAAACUCCAAGAAAAAUGUAAAACUUGGAGAAAGCUCUCCCACUUUUCGAAUGCAAACGUUUUCGGCUAUAGACGAACAUGCUCACUCAAGACAUCAUGCUUUCCAGAGAGUUGGAUCUUAUGGUUCUGGUUAUAAAGCCAGUUCUAAGCUCUCUCUCGACAAUUGUUUGCAUGAAUUUCAUAUGAAAGAGGGUAAAUUUAUGUUUGCAGAUGAGACAGCUAUGAUACUGAAACUGCUGAAAACACCGAGAAAGCUUGUCACAAGCAGAAUGUCACCAUCUAAAGUCUCCAACACUCUCCAGCGCUCAAAGAAUCCUAGAAUGAUCUCUAAACCAAGUCCGUGGGCCGGCCUGAGACGUAGAAGAGAAGUUAGUAAGGAUAUGAAAUCUAGGCUUGGUUCAUUUCAAGUGCAGCUAAAGAACGAUCACAAUCUGUCGAGCACCAGCGACGAAUCUUUUUCUACAGAAUCAGAAUGAAAAAAUCUGGUAAGCGAGAGCUGAUCCUACUCAUUCGUUUUUAAUAUGGUUUCAAUUUGAUAUAGUGCAACAAUCUCUGUUACACAUGAUGGUCGGCAGGACGCUCUCCUCCAAACCA